AUGCCAAAACGUGGGACGCGCUUUUUCUCAUGCGUCUUUUGUGCUUUAGUUUGUGCGUGUUGCUCUUAAUAUUAGUCGAAUAUCUAUAGGUUUCCUAAUAGUUUGUAAAUCAAGCCACAAUAUUGUUUACCACACCAGAAUUUUGUUUGAACAUGCUGAAAACAGUAAACGUAUUGCCAAGUAACAGUUGCAAAACAAAAGAUUAUGACGAAUCACAUUCCCACGAAGGUCAGCCAGAAACAGCAGCAUCAACAGCGACGUCGCCGUCGUCAGCACUUGAAUCAUCGUCUAUAGGUGUUGAUGGUAGUAGUAAUAGAACCGACAGCAGGUUUAAGUUGGAAUACUUUGAACCCACUCGUAUUUUAAGCAACAACAGUACCCAUAAAUCCGUUACGCUAUUGGGUCAUUUCGCGAAUCUUUCACAUGACGAUUACGCGAUCAUUGUUUUAGAAAAAACUGCUUUCACUGAGGAACAACUCAAAAAUUCGCGUCAACAGUCGACGGCAGUGACGACAGCAUAUUCGCCUAUCGAGACGUCAUUGAGCAGUGAAAGUGAACAAAAAUCAAAUUGUACUGUUAAUCGAAGUUUCUUCGCGACCACGUCCCAGCUGAGAACGGAAUUCACUAACGAUAUAUACGGAAAUUUUCUGUGUAUGGUAGAUCCGGAGGUCAAUCAAAUCAAGGUUACAAUCAUCUAUCCAGCUAGCGAGAAGCAUAUCUUGAAGUUUUCCGCGCAUACAAGAUAUCUCGUAGAGGAAACUGCUUUUGAUUAUCAGACCGUGUCUUUACCUCAUUUGAAGCAGGAACAGCUGAGUCUAGAGUGGCUAUACAAUAUACUCGAGCAUCGUAAAGAAAAGGAACGGAUUGUUUACGAAGACCCUACCGAAGAAACUGGUUUUAUUUUACUGCCUGAUUUGAAAUGGGAUGGUAAAACACUAGAGCAGUUGUAUUUGUUGGCCAUAGUGCGUCAGCGAGGAAUUAAAUCACUUCGAGAUUUGAAUGCCAGUCAUCUGCCACUAUUGAAGAAUAUCAGGGAUCGAGGCAUCGAAGCAAUAAAAAGCCGGUACGGAAUUGAGCCUGAUCAGCUCAGAAUAUACAUACAUUAUCAACCGACUUUCUAUCACUUUCACGUGCAUUUCACCUAUCUUAAGCACGAUCCUCCGGGUAUUAGCUGCGAGAAAAGUCAUUUGUUGUCGACAGUUAUUAACAACCUUGAGUUAUUGUCGGAUUACUACCAGAAAGUUACGCUUUCUUUUGUUGCAAAAGAAACCGAUAAACUAUAUGAAAAACUGAGGGCAGCUAGAAAUAGUUCAUCAGACGAACCGGAAGUGAAACGAGCUAGAAUCGAAUAG